CCGACUCACUCGGUUAACGUAUAGCUGUCUAAAAUUCAAAUUUGUACAUUUUUGUGCUAAUUUUUAUUUUGUAAAUGUAUAAAAAUUGUGAAAAGUUUAAACAAUUUCAAUAAUACAAUAUUUUUAACUUAACUUUACGCUAGCCAGUAAACGCAACUCAACCGUUGAGCAACUAUUCUUCAACAGUUGACUCUAUAAACAUAUGUUUUUCGAAACAAGAAAAACAGCUUAAGAAAAAUAAAGAAUUUUAUUUGACUGCCGCGAAAUGAGCAUAUUUGAAACAAAAAACAAUAAAUGUGGAUUCCAGAAACAGUUUGCGUUGGACAUAAAUGGUAAUAACACAGAAUUCGUAUUUCACGAGUUCGAAAACAAAUGGAUGCUGCUGAUCACGCAGCUGGGCAAGUUGCCGGCGUUUUACAACGUAGCAUUCGAUGUCAAGCGUGACCACAGAGUGUUGCCCUAUGCGCACGGCCCAGUGGACGACCCGCAAUUUCACGUCUCGGUGCCAGUGACAAUGACCUGCCUUAUGGGCGUCGACUCCGAUGAGAUACGCGGCGGUAUACAGUUUCUAGUCAACAAGACGGCGAUCAACAAGUGUCCCACAGAGCUGAUCAUCGCAUUGGGCCUAAAGAAAGUCGAGUCAGAGGAUCUAAGAGCCAUAGCCAAGGUGUUGGAAAAUGGCAUAUUUUAAGCGCUGCACUGGAUACCGUU